GGAUUUUCAGUUUUUUGCUAUUUUGAUGUUUCAUAUUACCUAAUAUUCAGUAUUUAGCCAGAAGUUUUUAUUUAAUUAAUUUGUAUAAUAAAUAAUAAUGAAUUUAAGUGGCCACGUAUAAAAUGUGUUUUAGCGCAAAUUAUUGUUAUGCUAUUUUAAAUAAUUUGACUAGAAUCGAAUGAAAACUACUACAUUAUUUCUACCUAAUAUUCUUUAGCUAUUCCACACGUAAAUAAAUAACAACAAUGGAUUUUUUGAAUACUAAUACCGGACAAAAUAACUUUAAUAAUCCAAAUGGUGGUCAUACUGCAAUUUAUAUCGAUGACCGGCCAAUGAAUAAUGUAGAAGGACGGAUGACUGUGUCUGGAUCAUUAAUGCAAAAUAUUGGUGACCCUGGAUUCAAUACAUUAGAUGAACCUAUUAAAACUACUAUUAUGAGAGACUUAAAAGCAGUUGGGAUGAAAUUUAAACAUGUCUUGUAUUUAAAAGAAAAAAAUACACUUCUCAAAGAAUGGGACUUGUGGGGCCCUUUGAUGCUUUGCACAUUCAUGGCUAUGGUUCUACAAGCGUCCCCAGAUUCCAUACAAAUGGGUGAUGGAGGUCCUGAGUUUGCUGAGGUUUUUGUUAUUAUUUGGAUAGGGUCUGUGAUUAUUACAUUAAAUUCAAAAUUACUCGGGGGCACAAUAUCAUUUUUCCAGAGUGUAUGUGUUUUAGGUUACUGUCUAUUACCAAUUGUUAUAGCUUUGAUAGUAUGCAGAUUUAUUUUAAUAUUUGAGCAAACCAAUUUCUUAUUUUUUAUUCGAUUUGCCAUAUCAAUUGGUUCAUUUUUAUGGGCCACAUAUGCUUCUGUUGUAUUCCUUGGAGAUAGUCAACCACAAGGCAAAAAAGCUCUAGCUGUAUAUCCAAUAUUUUUAUUUUACUUUAUCAUGUCAUGGCUUGUUUUAUCACAUACAGUAUAGCGUUGUUGAUCAAAAUUACAUUUUGAGAGGUUACGUGAGUUUUGUUUAUGACUUGUAAUUAUUUAUAUUAUUUUAAAAUAUUAACUAUUAAGUAAUUAUUUGGUACUUGAUGCCUCAAUGUAAAAAAGCAUCCUGUCAUGUGUAUAAAAAUACUAUAUUAAUGAAAUUUUUUUCUGAAUUGUUUCUGUGAAAUAAAUUUUUCAUAAUAUUAUUA